AUGGGUUCUUGGGCGAAGAUACAGUUCCUUGGCAAGGGAUUGUUCGGGACAAUGUGCAAGGCAGUCCCUCUAAUAAGGGAAUUGGGAGAUCCCGAUCAAGAUAACUACGACGACUACCAUGACGGUCGGCCGCUGAUCACAGCUCCUGCAAUCGCCGUCAAGUCUGCAGAUUUCGAGUUCUCUGCCUCUCUUCAACGGGAAGGAGAACUACUUCGUGUGCUGAGUGAUUGUCCUGGAAUUAUCCGUUGUUUUGGAGAAGACAUGUCCGUAGAAAACGGCAAGAGCCUCUACAACCUCUUGCUGGAGUACGCUCCUAGCGGCUCCCUCAAGAGCUUGAUGGAACGAAGCGGAGGGAGAUUGCCCGAGUCUGAAGUCAAGCGCUACACUAGGAUGAUCCUUAAGGCUCUAACACACGUGCAUGAGAAGGGUUACGCGCACUGUGACAUUAAGCCCGGAAACAUUCUUGUUUUCCCGUCCAAGAAUGGUGAAAACACCGUGAAGAUAGCUGAUUUUGGGCUAGCACAGAAAACAAGAGACAACAUAAAAAGCUGCAGUCCAAGAAGUGGUGGUUCACACUGUGGAGAUCUUCCCUUUGCUUCUAUUUUGCAUGGUUCGAACAUGGAGUCGAUGGAUAUAUGGUAUCUUGGAUACAUGGUAGCGGAGAUGUUGACCGGAAAAUCAGUAUGGGAGUAUCGGGAAUUUUGGGUCCUAGGACGUCAAGUUCCGCCUGGAGCUAGGAAGCCUCGAAAUCGCCAAAAGACUCAAAUUCCCCAAAAUUUGUCUGAUGAAGGGCGAGAUUUUGUGAUGAACUGUCUAGACAAGAGAUCAGAGCGUACGCGAAUAGCUGAAAGGCUUCUAAACCAUCCUUUCAUUAUAGGUGAACCAAACGGAGUGGUAGAUGAUACGGAUGAGAUAGUGCCAUCACGGAUUAGUGUUGAUGAUGGCGGAUGGGUUUCUCGAGUCUCCAUGUUUGGGGACUUGAGGGCACUCGAUAAUAAAGAGAAAUUACAAGGGAAUUGUGAGAGACCCAAUUAACAAUCAACGUGUACAGUGAAC